UCAGGACACAGUUGUGCUUGCGAUGCUUCGAGGCAAACCUGUGCGAAUAAAGUAGGAAAGAACCAGAAUUAGACUCCAUUGUCACAAAUCUGAGGAUGAACAGGAUACAUUUGAUAUUUUUGGCUCUGUGUUGGGCGUGUUGUGGGGCUGAACCUCAGUACUACAAAUUGUCCAAUGCCUCCACCUGGGACCAGGCAAGACAGCACUGCCAGGUCUGCUACAAAGAGAUGGUGAGCCUGAAUCCUCAAAAUGUCCUCCACCUGAUCCAGAACCUCACCACCGAUUACUGGAUCGGGUUCCGCAAGAAGCUCAAUGGCUCAGAACCCUGGUCUCGCUGGUCCAAUGGUGAACCGAUGUCCUUUCAGAACUGGUACCCAGGGCGACCUGUUCUAUCCAAACCCAAGGUUCCGGUUGUCUAUAUAAAUCAUACGAACAUCACAUACGUAAAAUCCGCAUGUGGUUGUUGCUGCCAGAAUGAGGAAACCACAAACAACAAUACAUUUGGGUUUAACGGAAAUACUUCUGAUUUUAGUACACUUCCACCAACGACUAAACUGACGACUAUACCAACGACUAUACCAAUGACUAUAUUGGUAUCUGAACCAGUGACCAAUGGCACCACUACUGACGAUGAGGUUGUUUACCUUGAGGACCCAUGUGUGUCCAUUGUCAGCUCCGGACUCUGGUUUGAAAAGAACUGCUCUGAACGUUUGCCCUAUAUUUGCUUUGAAGAACGCUUCUAUGGCAAGGCUGAAGUGACCAACAUAACCCUGCAUAAUGCUACCCUGACCUGGUUGGCUGGGCCUGGUGACAUUAGUCACUACCUAGUGAACGUCAGAGGGGAACAAAACCGGACAUUUAACCAAAGUGAACUGACCUAUUAUUUCACUAACCUGACCCCAGGUGCACUGUACACUGUUCAGGUGUUCCCCAUCAAGUGUGAGAGAGAGCUCAACCCUCAAAAUACAUCCUUCUACACCAAACCUGACGUAGUCAACAACCUCAAUGUUACCAACGUCACAGAAACAGCUGUGUUCUUGUCCUGGGAUCCGCCAUAUGGAAAGUCUGAUCUCUACCAGGUCAGGCAUGGUGAAAUGAAACUCCGUAGUAGUUUCAUUUCUACUACAAAAACAAGUACAAAAACACCGUUUAAAGAAGUCGUCAAUCUGACACCUGGAGGCUCCUACAUGUUUGAGGUCAACGUUGAGGUCAACAACUCCAAAGAGGGAGAUCGGGUGAACAUUUCAGCCUUCACCAAACCAAGCACAGUUUUCGAUCUGAAAGCCAUCGACCCAAAGUCUAACUCUCUGCUUCUUAAUUGGACACAUCCAGCCGGAAUCUAUUCUAAUUACAAGAUCUGUGUGUCGUGGAAACAUUUCACUGGGUACUGUAACACAACCAGCGGUGAUAGUACCACUUUCAGUGUGGAGAACCUGCCUGCAGGCACCAGUGUGAACCUGAGCGUGGUGGUCCUGGUGCAGGACAACCCUCUGGAAGGAGACUCCUUCAAUGAAACAGGCUUUACCGCCCCAGGACCCGUAUCUAACAUAAUAAUGCUUACUGAUACAAACUCUAUUAACGCCACCUGGGUCUCACCUAAUGGAAACUAUGAGGUUUUCUGUUACAAUUUAAGAUUGGCAGACACCGACAUGAGCCCUGAUGUUGACCUAUGUCUUUUUAACACAACCAAGAAUCAUGCUGAGUUUACAGAUAAACAUUCUUCUGUCAAAUACAAUCUGUCUAUCCGGACCAAAAAUGGAGACCUAAAAAGCGAAUGGGUGUUCGAGACCAAUUUCACAUUGCCAAAGCCGCCACGAAAUGCCAGGGUCAUAUCCAGCAACAGCAGCAGCGCCAAUAUCACGUGGGAUCCCCCCGAGGAUGCCUUAAAGGCAGUUGUGACCUACGAAGUCACGUAUUUUGCGAAGUUCUGGAAUGAGCGUGAGACGGUUGCUAACGUCACGAGUAACAGCCACACGUUUUUCAACCUGCGUCCUGGAACCAGUUACACAUUUUCUAUAGUCACAAUUUCUGGAAUUCAUAAAAGCAACUCCGUUCCCACAUCUAAGACAACAGACCCAAAUCCAAGUUUUUUAUAUCUGGACAUGGAGUGCUCCGCUGCUACGGUUUCCAAUUGUACGGAUAAUACCCUGAAAAUUAUGGAACAGUUACGAGAACACAUAAAGAAUACAUUUCAUCAACAAGUGUUUUGGAAACUAGAUGAACAACCUGAUGAAAGUUAAAGAGUUCAAACACUUUCAGAGUAAUCACUGUAUACUGUGCAGGUUUGGUUGUCACAGUCUGUUUUUAAUGCAAAAUACUUGUAUAUCUUUAUCAUGUAAUUUCACCGUCAUUUUCAAGAUUCAGAUUUUGUUUAAAAAUUGGAUUGAACUUUGUCUAGAUGUGGAAACAUUAGUCAUGAAUCAUAAAAUAAAAUAAAAACACUUAU